AUGGCUGUUCUCCCCUGCCUUUUCGCGAUUCUCUCUCUCUCCCUUUCUGUCUCGGGAAGAUGCGGAGUAGCGCAGUCUCCGCAAGAAUCUAAUCUCGUCCUUGAGUCGAGGAUCAUUGGCGGGAGAGUGGCCCUUAAGAGCGCUUGGCCAUGGGCGGCGAGUCUGCGCAGUCACGGCCAGCACUUCUGUGGAGCUUCCCUCGUCACCGCCACGCAUCUCCUGACGGCGGCGCACUGCGUGUCUCGCGUGGGACAGGCACGUCUGACGGUGGUUCUGGUAGUCGAGGACGAGGUAGUGGAGCAGCAGGUUUCGGCGGUCGUCCCCCAUCCAGAUUACGACGGCCACCAACACGACAUCGCCCUGCUGAAGGUGGAAGAGCCUUUCUCGUCGCCGCCCCUCUGCCUGUCCCUCUUCAUCCCCGAAGGAGUCUCGGCCAGCGUAGUCGGCUGGGGAAAGACGUCUCCAGAAGGUCCCCACAGCGAGGUCCUACGGCAGACGGAUGUGACAAUCCUACCGGGCAGCCGCUGCAGGUCCGUCUACAGGCAGUUCUUCAGGAAGGGCAUGGUGUGCGCGGGAUCCGAAGGGCUAGGGCAGGACGCGUGCCAAGGGGAUUCGGGAGGACCUCUCAUGGUCUUCAUGGGCGGGGCUUGGGUCCAGGUGGGCGUCGUCAGCUUCGGGUAUGGGUGUGCUCGGCCGGAGUACCCAGGAGUGUACACGAGCAUUCCAGAGUACAUUCAUUGGGUCAUUGAGGUGUUGCAAUCGCAGUGAUGUAAAUAUUCGUCAUAUGUCUAGAAAUAAAUAGUAAAGGAA